AUGACGGGUAUCCGUGACAAUAUACCACGCUACUUUGCAAAGUCGGGCCCAACUGACGCUGACCCUCGCAAGACAAAGAAAGACGGAGGUGGCAAAGGCAAUUGGGGCCGAUCGGGGGAUGAAAUGCAGGACACUGACUACUCCUUUGCCAAUGCUAGACGUCGAUCCAACAGUAGCACCCAGGGUCUGGCCGAUUUCAACACCAAGUUCGAGACUUUUGAACCAGAGCCUGUCUUCGAGGAAGAACUUCUUGAGGACAAGGACAUGGGUGCGAAUGGUAAUGCCGUGACCAAGGUCGAGAGUGCUAGCAGCAGUGAUAGCGUGGCUGAUCACGAGGGAAGGAAGUAUUAG